UUUUCGAUGACUCGGUUGCUCACAUACCAGGGUAGCCCAGAUGCAUGUCGUGCCGCUCGCGAUUGUAUUACUCCAAGCCCAUUGAGCUGAGUCCCGGAGGCACACUCCAUACUUGGAUUGCGUAGGUCAGUGUUGGACCUAAUAUGGCUUUUAUUAAGGGAGCCUUAACUGCCAUAUGCCAUAUGAAUGUAAUGGAUUUGUCCCAUUUACUAGUCCAUCGCUCGAUUGCAUGCAGCCAUUCCUGAACUGCAUUGGGCUGAAUUGAAAGGAUGAGUGCGACGCAAGCAUGGCGGUGUCAUCAGUGUAGGUGGCCAGGAGCAGCUGAGCAGGGGAGGCUUCAUCGGUGUCGUUGGGAGUUGGCAUGUCAGCAGUGUACAGGGUAUACGGGAAGGGUCCAAGCACACUUCCCUGUGGAACCCCUGCAUGAAUGUGUUUCAGGCUUGACCGACAGUUUCGUACAGCAACAUCGAAGGGCCGAUCAGCGGAGGAUCUUUCAUUUAUAUAGCAGACCUUCAUGCCACACCUUAUCAAACGCUUGUUUCACGUCCAAAAAUACGCCGACUGUUCAAAGCUAGUUCUUGUGGGAUGUGUUACCUACCUCCGGCAGUUCCAUCAAGCGGGAUGUAUUCCCUGUGAGGGGCCAUUCAGGAUGAUAACUUUUUGGGAUUUUCUGUAUAGAAUGGCCAAGGAAGGACGGGCAUUACAUGAUCCUUCACCACAGUUGAGGAUCGAGCGAAAGCUCGUAGCACGCAAUCAUAUCGAUAAUCGUCACAAUGAAAUAAGGCUGAGAUUCCAGGAAAAGAGCACCACCCACAUAACCGACAAGGAGCAGGUGGACCUUUGCGCGUGCGUCUUGGAAUAUCUUCAAACAACCACACGAGCCUUACGCUAUGUUCGUCGGAUUUCAACGGUUGGCGAGCUCAGUUAGCUGUCGCUUUACAUUUCCCUAAAUAUAGGUUUAUAAGAACUAUAUUUUUAAGAAGAUUUCCUGUUUUGUACUUACAAUAUUUUAGGUAUGAAGGGCAAUUAAUCUUCUACGUCCUGUUUCGUUUUUGGUGGUGUUGGUUCAUUUACAAUGUUGUUCAAUUCCUUCUCUUAGAGGCGUAUUAUUUGGGUGGACCUCAGAUAAAACAAGAGAGAAUGCUAUAGUCGAGUUGCCCAACUAUCAGAUACCCGUUACUCAGCUAGUGUGAAUGCGAACGCGAAAUUUCAUAGUUUUUCUAGGAUAAUGGAAGACUAAUAACAUUAUGAAAAUAUAUCGAAAAAUGGUUCAAAAAUAAGUUAUUAGGCAAAUCGAUCUUGCAAAUUUACAAGAUUAAUACAAAUGUGAAAAAAAAUCAACACAUUUUUCAAAAGUGUGGGCGUGGUAGUUUUAUGCGGUUUGUAAAUAAACUUGCGCAACAUCUAUGUCUCUAAAA